AUGCGCUGCGGUUUAGGAUCGGCACUGUUGAAAGAACCAGAAAAAAUUGCUGAUAUUGUGCACGCUGCUCGAAAUACAGUUCCACGAUGGCGUGACUUAAAUAAAGAAAGCGUCACACGUUUAACUGAUACUAAUGACACAGAAGUGUUGUCAAAUUGUCCAUUUUCGGUGUCCGCUAAAAUUCGGAUACCAAGUGCAUCCACUAGGUCUGUUGGAGAAGGGAAUUCAUGUGAUCCUAUUAAACUGACUGUCGAACUUGUUCGACGCUUGGCAGUAAUGGGUGUUGACUGGGUUACGCUGCACGCCCGUACAACACAUCAACGUAACAGAGAUCCUGCUUCAUGGAAUGUUGUCCAAGAACUGGUCGAUUGUAAAAUAAAGCACUCUUCUGCAGGAUGCAUAUCGUGCUCAAAAAUGACUGGUUGCCAUGGUGUAAUGGUUGGUAGAUCUUUAUUGAAAACGCCAUACUUAUUUGCUCCAAAAUACCUGCAAAAUGAGAAUUCAUUUUGUCAGUUAAUGGAAAAUUGGUUACAUCUAUCAGCACAAUACACAGGUGGUACAAGUUUUGCGAUAGUUCAUCAACAGGCAUAUUGGAUGCUGGAGCAACAUUUGGAUAAAACCAAGAGAUUAUUCUUACAUAAUGUAGGAUGUUUUCAGGGUCUAGUAGACUGGCUUACCGAACAACGCAAGACAGUGGAAAUAACACCAAUCUAG